AUGGGUAUCCCAGGGCUCAUCAACGCCAUAGGCAUAGGAGAGCGGGUCUCUCUGGCUAAAGUGGCCGGGUUGCACCUAGAACGAACUGCGAGGCCCAUCCGAAUCGCCGUUGAUAUCUCCAUUUGGCUUUUCCAGGUCCAGGCGUCGCGCGGAGGCAAGAACCCGGAAUUACGCACGCUUUACUACCGACUACUCAAACUUCUCGCUUUACCUGUCCAUCCACUGUUCGUUUACGAUGGCCGUCAUAAACCCCCGUUCAAGCGAGGCAAAGCGGUAUCGCGCAACUCUGGCAAUUUACCGGUCAUCCAACGUUCGAAGGAUCUUAUUGAGCGGUUUCGGUUUCCAUGGCAUGAAGCGCCCGGGGAGGCUGAGGCUGAGUGCGCGCGGCUACAACAGGCUGGCAUUGUCGAUGCAGUGAUAAGCAACGACGUUGACACCCUGAUGUUCGGAUCAACAUUCACAAUGAUGAAUUUCUCGAAUGAGAGCGGCAGCGGGGCAUCGGGAGCAACACAUGUCACUUGCUAUCACUUAGGUAGUCAGGGACAUGUAUCAAAUGUUUCCUUGGACAGGGCGGGAAUGAUUCUCUUCGCUAUGCUCAGCGGAGGAGAUUAUCUUCCGUCGGGGGUCGAAAAGUGCGGUCCUGGUACCGCUGCAGAGAUUGCAAAGGCUAAAUUUGGCGAGGAUCUCCUUGAGAUAAUUGCCUCACAUCCGCCAGACCUUGACUCACAACUCUCCGAAUGGCGAGAACGACUGCAAUACGAGUUGGACUCGAAUGAAAGCGGCUACUUUGCGAACAAACAUCCAGCAGUCCGGAUUCCAGAAAGCUUCCCAGACCCAACGAUUCUUGAGUACUAUGCUGAGCCGAAGGUUUCUACGGAUGAGGAAAUGGCUGUCCUCAGACACCGGCUUAAGCAUGCUUGGGAUCGCGAAAUUGACCCGCUGGCCAUUCGAAGCUUCGCUGCGGAUAACUUGGAUUGGAAAUAUCGCUCGGGUGCUCGAAAAGUGAUCAAGAACCUGGCAGAGCCUUUAGUCUCAUACAGGCUUCGCCGCCAAAGACCAGUGUCGGGCGCCUCCAGUGGCUCGCUUGCUCCUAAUUGCGAUGCGCCAUGGCUCCAAAAGGUCUAUAAGUGCCGCGCGAGCUUUGGCACAGAUGGCAUGACCGAGCUUCAAAUCGAUAUGCUUCCGAUUGAUGUCGUUGGCAUUGACCUCAUGGCCGAAGAACCAAAUCCUCCAUUGCCGACCAAGGAGACGGAGCCUUUACAGGACACAACUCAGCUUGGGGGUGAAGAAGAUGAUGCAGAGCUUUCUGCCGAUGACCCUCAACCAACAACACCUUCAAAGAUUCGCGUGGCAAAACGCUAUGAUAUUUAUGACGUUCAAAAGAUCUGGGUCCUGGAGUCCGUCGCCAGGCUUGGCCUUCCCGCUGUUGUCAAGAAAUGGAAGGAUGAACAAGCUGAGAAGGCCAAGAAGGCUGCUGCCCCCAAGAAAGCGAGUACUCGACGAACGGCGCCCAAGAAAAAGGGGAUCAUCGACCCAGGAAUGAAACGGGGGAGCAUCUUGAAAUAUGGAACCCUCACGAAGGAGAAAUCCGAGCUCUCUGCUUCUAACAAAUCGUACUUACUGGAAAGUGCGUCAACAAAACGACAAUCGGCCUUGCUUCGGACUUUGUUUUCUUCAUCUCAGGUCUUAGAUCUUGAGGAUGAUUCUUUCACGCCGAGUAUGUACUCCCAACAACACACCUCGGAUCACGCGUGUUAUUCUUCACUCGAGGUGGACGAGUUGACCGAGACGUUCUCCUCGCUGACCACUAGAUCACAAUCAUUAAGCGUGAAGCGCCAUCCAGCAGCUGCCCGAUUACGUACACGAUCCCGAGCUCAAGCUGUGGCAGGUCCUGCGUUUGAGCUCGAUGAGUCAAUCCCAACAUCUUUUGAUCCCAUCAUUGUGCAGGAAGCAUCGGUUUCACCACCAAGACAUCUGCGCUCCUCAGUUUCGAAAUCAAGAAAGUCGACAACUGAAGUUGAAGCCGCCAGAGAAGAUCUCGGGGCUUCCGCACGCAAAACCAAGCAAACUUCUUCAAGUGGUUCCAACAAACCCGGUAUGGCCCGACACGCGCUCAAGGACGCCUUCAAUAUCGACCUUUUGGAAGAAUCUAUUGGUUCACUAUCAAUUUCCGGGGAACAUGAUGACCAAAAACCUAAUCCCCCUGCCCCCUCAUUGCACCAACCUUUGUUAUCAAAGCCGAAGGAUGACACCUCCAGGCGCCCUUCGCAAAUCAGGACUGUGGAUAUUGCUCGGCCAUCAGGACAGGCUGUACCACAGAAGGACAAGCCAAGAGCCCAAAAUGAUUCCGCAAUCGUGUCAAAACAGACACGUGAUGAGCAUGCAAUCCAGUCAGAGACUCAUCCUUCUCCCAGAAAGGCUUGCAGCCCCUCAAAGGCCCGUUCAAGGUCGAGCACAAAGAAAAAAGAGCAGACUUCGAGCCAUGCUCGAACAACCGGUCAUAUUGUAAACAUCACGGCAGUUGAUGGAUUCUGGUCAGUUGAUUCGCCUUCUGAAACAGAGGCAGGUUUGGUCAAAUCAGAGGCUGGUCAGAUCAGUGUUACGAAUGACGCCCGAUCUGUAACGAAUCAUCGGAAGAAGCGUUUGGCUCGAGUGAGCAUUGUGGACAUGAUUUGA